UGCAGAAAGAGUCGACUGGUUGUGAUUACGCAGAGUAAGAGAACGCAGUACAAGUGUGUGGAUUUGUAUCCACCAUAAAGUAUAUCUAUAUAUUAUAUAUCCAGUAUAAAAAGACGUACACGAAUACCAGUAUAUAUAUAUAUAUUUUUAAAAGUUAAUGUAUAAAAAGUGGGGGUAAUUCCAGAUCGCCCGCCAAGCCUCAAUUUCGUCUCCUAUUGGUGGAUACUUUAGCGCCGCCUUACGUUUGUCCUCGGAGUUUUUCGCUCACGAAGCGUCGGCGGCACGCACGGGUAAGCGCUGUUCAAUCAGUCAGCUUACGAAGGCUCUAUAAGUUGGAUUGCUAUUUGUUAUUUUUUGUUUUACCAUAAACCCGACGCAGGAUACAGACGAAUAAUAAACAACUUUGUUGUUAAAGAUAAACAAUUUAUAAUAAAGGAGCAGCAAUUCUUCUUGUGGGCAACGAGACACUGAACUGAAUUUUAAAAAAAGUGCCAAAUUUAAAUUUUUAAAUUUACGUUUUUUUUUAUUUAAAUUUUUUUUACACUAAUAUUCGUACUAAUAAAUAAGUGUCACUAGUGCCAACACAAAUGGUAAUCAGUGACGCGACAAUAAAUAACAAAAGUGUAGAUUUUUAUUGUGGUAAUUUAGUUGUAGUUACAUGAAAUAAUAAUUUACCAGUGAUCAGUAAAAAAAUAAACCGUGAAGUUUUAAACUGUGAGCUGAUAUAAAGAAGAAAAGAAGAUUAAGAAGAAUAAAAUAAUAAAUAAUUCGUAAUUACUUGAAAUAAUUCGUGAGUCAACUUGUGAGCGCAGGCAGUUUCACAAAGGAAAGUUGACUAGUGUAAUUGUGCGUAAUUAAUAUUUUAUAAAUUAUAUUUAAACUAUAACUAAACGUGUAUCGAAAAUGUCUACUGCUGUUAUGAGCACUCCGAUAUACGAGUGCAACGAACAUCUUUUUAAGAGCGCAGGCGGACAGAUGAAGUCCAAGGAAUCAAUGAACGUCCAGGCAUCACCAGGUCACAUACCGCUGAGACGGAGCUACACAUCUCUAGUGACUCUGUUUGAGCAACACCGCAAAUUAGAUCGCAGUGUAAGUGAGCCAACGUCUCGUUACAAGACCGAACUUUGCCGCCCGUUUGAAGAGUCUGGGACUUGCAAAUACGGAGAUAAAUGUCAGUUUGCCCAUGGGUACAACGAGCUGCGUAAUUUGACGCGUCAUCCGAAGUACAAAACAGAAUUAUGCCGCACAUUUCAUACAAUUGGAUUCUGUCCUUACGGGCCACGUUGUCACUUUAUUCACAACUUCGAAGAAGCGAGAAUUCAUAAUGAAAAAGUUAAUCAGCAAUUAGGCGGCGUACAGCCAAACAUCAUGGGACUGACACCGUUUUUAAAUGUCAGCGCAGCUGCUGCCAAUUUAAAUAUUUCAUUGCUGGAGCAAAUAGCUACGGGUCCUCAUCAAGCCAUAAGCGCAAUUAAUAACAUUAAUUCUCCGUUAAUGAGAACCAAUUCAUUGAAUAUCGGGAACCAGCAUACGGCAUUCACCAACUCAACGCUACUGAGAGCUAAUUCAUUGAAUUUGAUGACUCACAAUCAGCAGCAGCAGCAGCAGCACAGUCACCAAACAAACUCAGUUGCUAUUGGUACCCGACCAAAACCUUUAAACCUCAGUCCAACUUUUUCACUUGGUAGCACUGCUGAAUCCGUAUCACCUUCUUCAAGUCUCAGCCAGUCUCCGACAAAUUCAAUGGCCAGUUUUUUCAGUGAUGACUGCGGUGUAAACGGCAAUUUACCAACAACUGCAUUUAGUUUUGGUCAAGAUUUUGGACUUCUUGCUGCAACAAGACAAAGUCCAAGUCCACCGGGUGUUUUAAUUAAUCAGCAUUCAGUUACUGAUGAUCUCAUACCGAGAACUCCGUCUCCAUUGUCACCGAACAACGAAUCCAGAUUACCCGUUUUCAAUAGAAUUAGCAGUACCAUUGGAGACUUUGAAAAUUUGAAAAUUUAACCAGGCAAUUUUCAUUUUCAUUAUUAUCCAUUUUUUUUUUUACAUUUCUUACAACCGUUACUGUUUUUUUUUCUUUCUUUACUCAAUCCAUGCAGUUAUGUUCGGUUACUUAUAAUAAUUAUUUAUAACACAUCCCUUAAAAAUACCACAUAUAAAGACAACCCCUUUUUUUAUGUGUGCGUUUAAAAUAAAUUAAUAUAAUAGAUUUAGGAUUCAGUGAUUUUAAAUACCGUGAUCUAUAAGCGACGACAAUCAUGACCGUGUGAAACGUUGCAAUAUUCCAUAACAUAACAUAACAUUACGAUUUUUUUUACCCUAGAUUAUUGCCGUGCUAAGCACACAAGUGUGGCAACUUGCUAUGGUAUUUCUACACAAGGUAUCUCUUCUCUGCUUAACGCGGCAGUACAUAAAAAAGUUAUCUUUAGUUAUUUUUUUUUUUUUUUAAUUAAUUUAUUAUUUUUUUUUAUUUUUUGUCACCAUUAUCGAAAAAAAUAAAAAAAAAAAAAAUGAUAAUUGCUUCUUUAUGUUACGCAGGAGAAAAAUAAGUUAUCGUGUAAUAUGAACACGUGUUUAAUUUCGUUUAAUUUUUGAAAGAGCCGUCGAUAAGACAAAAAAAUAUUAUAGUUGUACUAAUAAUAAUAAUUAUCUAUAUAAGGUAUUUCAAAAUACAAUAAACGUUAAAUUGUCUUCCAAACUUUUAUUUAGUGAGCUAAUAUGUUGGGAUGGAAAAAAAUUGAAUAUUUAAUUUAAAAAAGUCGCAAAUUUAUGAAACAGUAAAUUUGAUUUUGGAAAAUUCAAAGCGCGAUUAUUUAUUAAAAUAAUUGGUGUUUUUUUUUUUUUUUUGUUACUUUUUAAAUCAUUUUGUUGGUCAUCCUUCGGAAAUAAGAAAAAAAACUCUAAUCUAAGUGGAAUUGUGAUAUGUAAUUAUUUGCAAUAGAAAUAUUUACUAUUUUAUCGACAUUCUAUUAACUAUGGACACGUGUUGAGAAAAAAAAACUUAUGACAGAAUUAUCGAGUUGGUUAAUUUAAGAUUUUUUUUUCUUUUAAUUUAACUUAUUAUUUUAAAUUUAAGGAGAGCUACAUAUAAAUAGUAAUUAUAGUUAUUUUUUCUCACAUUGCCUUAAAAAACGUCUUAUCAAAAGCGUUUUAAAAAAAUAAUUGUCAAAUUAAA